UGGCAACAUUGCAUUGAUAGAUUCUAUCGAUAGAUUUCUAUUAAAAAAAUGGCGAUUGAACAAAGUGGAUUAUUAAUUCAUGAUUUAGAAGAACAAUGUGAAGAAGCAGUCUUUGAAGUUUGCGAUGCACGAGAACGUUAUCCAAUAUUAUGUGCUGAAGAAUUAGAAAAAUGUAUUAGGUUAACCAAUGAAAUACAGACUACAAAAGUUGUGCAAAACAUUAAGAAAUUUCAUGACAUAAAACCUCUGACAGAAGAGCAAAAAGUACUGUCAUGUAAUGCAUUAAAAAAACAAAAUUAUCCAUUUAAACGUAAAAAUAAAGUAAUUAAAAGCAUAAAAAGUAGAAUUGAUAAUUUAAAGAUGGUCGUUGAACAAUUGGAAAGGGAAAAGUUAUUUGAUAUAAAUAAACUGUUAAAUUCAUAAUUUUAUCAUAAUUUAUAUUUCAUAACAAUUUUUAAAUAAAAAAAAAAAUUGGAAUACAGAA